AUCGCGCCACUUGAAAUUGGCACAUAGCAUUGCCAGUUUGAUCAUGUUUGAUCACCUGUUGGCAAACAUGUUGCAACCGGCCGGCUGUUCAAGCACCGGCCGCGCGUUGAGCAACGCGCUGGCCACAGGGGCUGCAACAGGUUGGCUUGAGAGGUACCAGCAUUCCAUAAACAUGGCAUUGCUGGAGUCCUCGGCCAAACCUGCUGCGAAAAAUCUGGACGCCCUGCCGACGCCUAGCCGACGCAGUCGACCCCCCUUGGGCCAGAUGGCUGCACCCCGCCGGGGUGCCGCAUUCGCGUCAAAGACGCUGUCAAACAGCCAUCCAGGCCCCAGGCCCGGCCAGCAAAGCUCCCCACGUCCCGGUGCCGCCACCGUGGCCAGCGCAGGCCGCGCGAUGCUGCAGCGCAGCGACCAGCGGCAGCCCAGCGCGCCCGGCGCGUUGGCGCCGGAGCCGAAGGAAAGGAACAGCAGGAGCUUCAAGACGUUUUCGGAAGGAUGUGUGCCUGCAGAUGCUGGGCACGGCUCCGGUCGAAGCACGUUGCUCCGGAAGAAUCCACUGGAUCCUUUCAACAUUGAACGCUUUGCGGAGGCGCAAAAGGAGAGUCUUGGACGACUGAUCUUCACUGAUUGGUGGUUGUGA